AUGUCGAAAAGGUACCAAGGAUGGAGAGCUCGUCGAAUUUUAGCAGAAAUAAAAGAUAAAGAUAAUAGCGCUAAUGACGACUUUCGUGGUGCUGUGUGGGUAGAUUGUGAUAGAAAUUUUGUUUUUCAGAAGUAUGGCAGUAUCCAGAAGUCUGAAAGUGAUGAGAAUUCCAAAUCUGUUAAUGGAACUAUCUCAAGUAGCAUGCAUACUCACCUGCUGGAACUAAUUGGAAAUAACUCUAAGAACUGUAUGAUCUCGAAUUGUUUCUUGAAGAAACACGUUUCUUUAUCCGAUUUAACUUCUGACACUCAAGAACAAAAAGCUUUUAACAGAACAAGAAGUCUAUCAGCUCCGCCUUCUCUUCAUUUUCAUUUUGCUCCUGUUUCUAAAAGUCUUUCUGUUCAUUCAGCUGUCCACUUUACUAAUGAAGACAGCGAUGCGACUUAUUGUGAAAGUGAGUCUGAAAAAGACUCUUCAGACGAUUUUGGAGAUAUGAAUGAAGGACGAAAGCGGCGUCAUAUCCGAGACGAAAAUUCUUGGAAGAAAAACAAAGCCAAGAAACUUCGCAUGCUUGGUGAAGAAUAUGUUGGAUACAGGAAACCUAAAGGAUGCAAAGCGACACAAGAUCAAGUUCGUUUAGCAAAAAUUUUAGGACCACCAUGUACGUCCAGUUUUUGUCAAAAGAGUAAGUUGAGAGGUUGCCAAAGGUUUGAAGAGGAGACUAGGAAAUCCAUACACGAUAAAUUCUGGAAAACGAUGAACUGGGAUCAACGUAGAGUUUAUGUAGCUGGUCUUGUCACGCGCUCUGCUCGAUCCCGCCAUACAAAAUCUGCUUUGGAAACUUCACGACGAGAAGGCACAUUUAGCUAUUAUUUGCCGAUAGAAUCGGACGUGAAAGUCCAGGUUUGCAAAAGAAUGUUUUUAAGUACGUUAUCGCUUUGUUCUACUGCCGUGCAGUCUUGGGUAAAACAAGCAGAAUUUGCAAUGGUGCCCAAUCAAAAUUUUCGUAAUUCUAGAGCAAGCAGCAAUGUUGACAGGAAAACCAUAACGUUGCGACGUAAAGCUGGCGAUUCUGUUGUCACAGACCUGCGUGCAAUGAAAUACACACCAAAUGGUGACAUCCUGAUAAAACUUGAUUUUGAUGAAGAUUGGAGGGCUUUGCCUCAAAGAAAGUGCAACAUUAACACUCCUGUGGUUUACUCGCAAUUACAUGAAAGUCCCCUACCAAUUUCGUCAACCAAAUAUAACCAUCUUCAGCAAUUAAAAGAUGUUCUACCAAAAGAUUGUCAUCCGUUUUAUGAUGCGUUGCCGCAUGUU